AUGGGUCCACACUCUUCAUUCAGCCCAGAGCGCGCAGAGGUGGUUUCAUCUGCGUCAAAAUGACUAUUUGGUGCAACUCCUGCAAGUGUCACGUCAGAGCUCCGUGCACCUCGCAUCUUCUGCCCGAGGAUCACCGCAGCUCCUUCUGCAGGAGGUUCAGAUCCACCAAAGGAGCGUCCAAAGCCCGACGGGACCACAUCAAUCAUGAGAUCAGGAAUAUGCGCACCCUGUUGCCCAUCACCCAGGAGGACCAGGAGCGUCUCUCCUACCUGCACUCCAUGGCCGCCAUCUGUUCCUACAUCAGGAAGUCUGUUCUCUUCCAGGGACUCCCGGCCGGGGCGAGAUCACACUGCUCUCCUCCAUACGAGGCCUUUCUUCCAUCCCUGCACGGCUUCAUCCUGGUCACUACCGCACGGGGGAGGCUGGUCUACGUGUCCGAGAAUGUAGAGGAAUAUCUCGGUCUGUCCAUGAUAGAUGUACUUCAAGGAGACACUUUCUACGACAUGGUGGAACGCUCUGACAUUGAUAUCUUGAAAUCAAACCUGGACUUUGAACACAACUCACCAUCAGAGAGGACCUUUAUUUGUUGUAUGCAAACCUCCAAGGCCUUCAAGCUGCAACACGGCAGCUGCUGUUCCAUGACGGUCAGAGGGAGCUUCCGUUCGUUCCCUCAGCCGUGGCCGUCCUCCUCCUCAGUCCGUCCCACCAGCCAGCCUCUGUUCGUGGCUGUCUGCACCCCCACGGUCGACCGGCUGCGGAGCUCCGACUCCCACUUCUGUGACAGCUUCAGCAGCGUCCACAGACUCGAUAUGACCUUCACUCAGCUAUCAGACAGCGUUUUAUAUUUUUUGGGUUAUUGGGCAGAAGAAAUGACCGGUCGGUCGUGGUACAGUCUUGUCCACCCUGAGGAUCUUACAUUGAGUGCAGAUUCUCAUAGAAGUUUAGUGCUGGCAGAUGAGGGCUUCCAGGUGGAAAUGGUGCUCAGACUCCAGUGCAAAGAUCUGUCGUGGACCUGGAUCUACAUUCGAGCUAACAAGGAGCCUGAGGGCCAGGGCCUGAGCUGCACCAACUUCCUCAUCAGUGAAACGGAGGCCAGAUUUCUGCAGAAGAAAAUCAGCUGUGAUGCCUUCAGGCCAUCGCCUCUGGCAAAUCAUGCAGGUCAACAGGCGCCUCACGCUCAGACCUACAACAACACUAAAUGCUUAAAAAGACAGCGGACGUCCAGCAACCAAGACGAGGAGCCUGGUGCCAAAGCUAGGAGGGAGACUGAGCAAGACUUAUACUAUAUGGUGUGCGGCUCCUCCCGAGGUGAUAGCUCACCUGCUCCCUCGGGAGACAGCCCUGCUCUGUUCACCCCUCCCUACAGCCCGGCCUCCUCCAGCUCCACUCUGCAGCAGGAGGAGCUCAGCCAUGACCUCCUGCUGGAUGUGCAUGGAUACACAGAUCAGCUGCUGUCCUCCCCUGAGGGCUCUCCCUCCUAUUACUCCUACCCAGAGGCAGGGCUCACCUGUCACCAAUCACCCUCCGGCUCCCUUGCUUCAGCCGCUGAACAAACAUUUGACCCGGCAGGCUUCGGCGCCCGCUCACCGCCCUCCUCCUCAUCUCCGUCCUAUGAUUUCCAAGCUUGUAUGGCCGACGCUCGAUUAGUCCCAGACUGCCCGUCCGUGUCGGACAUGUGCGAGAGCCCAGUGGACUGUGCUCUGCAUCCCGACGACUUCAGCCUCCUCGAGCAGCCACAAGGGGGCGGCCUUGUCCAAGUGCAUCAUGUCCCCUACCAGGUGUUGCCCACUCACUCCAGUCUUCUCACACCAAGCCAAUCUCCCACAUCCACAGAGGCACCACAUUACAACGAGAGGGAGCAGGCAGAGAUCAGUAUUCUGGCUCAGCAGAUCUCCUCCCUGGCCAGCAGCUUUGCCAUGUAUCACACCCCACCCUCAGCCUGCGACUGGCCCCGUCACCCUCCGCUCCCCUCGGCCCUUCCUCUUAAGCGUGAGCUGGUACUCGACGACGGCAUGUUCGACAGCAUCCUCAAAGAGCUGGACAUGGGCGUGAGGGAAAGCAGCAUGUCCUGCCCCGGUGUUGCAGCAUACGGCUACCAGCAGGGCUUGUUGCGCUGCAGGAGUGGGUCCAAUCAGUCGGACCCGGAGCCCCUCGGUCUGUCCCCGACCAUCACAGAAGACACACUGCCUGCAGAGCAGUUCACUGCCAUGGAUCCCUUCAGUUUGCAGAUGGGACGCCAUGACCAAAACACUGGGUUGCAUCAACUCAACCACUAUAUGCAGAGUGGCCUUCAGCGAGAUGGACUUGCAGAAGAAAACCUGUACUGAAAUAAGUCUGUGACUUAAUGUACUACCACUUGUAUGACAUAUUGUCAGGGCAAUCUUCCUUCGCUGGAUUCAAAGACGGGUGCGAGCAAAGACUUUUAGAGGACAUCUUUGCUGAGAUGGCGCUCCCUCAAAAGACUUCUUUCUGAAUGUGGAUGAGCAACUGAAACUUGCUCCUCAAGACUAAAGCUGUCGUGUCUCAACACUGCUGUCGACUGCGUUUUAUGUUUUGCUUGUGUCUUGUAUUUCAUGAAAAAGGUACUUUAAAAAGAAAUUUGUCUGACAUCACUUACACACUGAAAUGGAGGUAUAUUUUUCUUUUAAUGCUGAGUGACCACAGUUUACUAUUGAGCACUUUAUCAAUGUCAUUGCCACAAGGAUUUUAUAAAGGAGAGGGUGUGCUGAUUUGAAAGGAAUAUUACCUACACUUCAAAGCUACCUGGAUGAGCUUUAACACAUAAAUCAUUCCUUAAAAGAAAAAGCCAUUUGUAAAUGUUUGGUUUUAGGUGCCUUAAAAACAUGAGGGGAAGCAUUGAUCAGUUUGCCAAAAAAGAAUAUUACCAUUCCUUUUUUUCUCCGUGGGCCAUUCAUGCUUUCACGUUGUUAUGAAUAAAUAAAUAAAUCAGUCAGCGAGAUGAUGAUUGUGAGUUAAACACCUACCUCAGCGGUACAUCUAAAUACAUUCCA